AUGCACCAGGUGUUUCUCAUUGCAGAGAUAGCGCGGCAUAUAGUAGACCUUGCAAGCCACGACGACAAGGUCUGGCAUGGACGCAGAUAUCAGGAUCUCCUCAACAUUGCACUCACUUGCAAGGCACUCUCAGGAGUUGCGCUGGACGCGCUAUGGGCCAAGGUCGUCGACCUCGACAAUAUUUUGAGGCUGUUGCCCGAUCUUGAAGGAGCAGGGGACUCGUCUCUCACUAUAACAGAAGCCUUUCUCAGGAACUCGCGCAGAGUUAAAGAACUGGACCUCGGACAUACUGCAUACCGACGUAAAACACGCGCCGUCUCUGCCCACGCUUCCUUGGAUGACCUGCACGCCUUUUGCAAGCAGAACAGAGUUGAUCUCUUCCCUCGUCUUCAUUCCGUGACCAUACGGCACCGUGAAUGGCGCCUGGCUCAUGCAGCUGUAUUCAUCACUUCCCAUUUGACAUUUUUGUCCAUCAACGACGUCUACGAUAUCCCGGACCGCCCAGUUGAAUCUGUCCUGCCGACUACCCAGGAUCUCGUUCAUUCUCUCAUCAAAGCUUCUCCAUCACAUCUCACCACUCUCCGUAUACGACGACUUCCCCUCGACGUACCCCUACUAGCACGUCUGCCUGAGCUUCCGUCCUUACAGGAGGUUUCUAUUCUCUUGACCGCGUCCGCAGGCAAAGACCGUAACUUCCUGCACACCCUGAAUCGUGUCUGGCAGAUGCCCUCACUCACGGGUCUGCACAUCCUUUACGGGGGUCCCACGGAACUAUAUCAGCCGGAAGGGCCUUUGCUUGUGGAUGCAAACUUGCUCGUCUCCGACCAAACGCUCAUCGGGCCGGUCAGAGCCACAACCACCAUGAUUCGGCACGGGCCAAACGCUCGUACUUUGGAUAUCGUCGCAACGGAAUUAGCCAGCUCUGAAGACUGGGAUGCCGCCCUCACAGCUGUUUUUGAGCAUUCAACUCAGACGAUGCAAACAUUGAGCGUUCAGAAGGAUAUCAGAUGGCCGGACCUUAGCACGAUGACGCCCCUUCCCGCCGCCAUCAUGCUCACCAUGCCGCGGUACGACAACAUCCAAACGCUUGUCCUUAACAUCCCGCUCGACUGGACGGACUCCAUCGUCGACCACGUCGCUCGCUCCUGUCCGGCGAUAACGGUCGUUGACAUCGGAAACGAGAUCAAGAACCCGCGCCUGACGUCCGCCAGCCUCGUAUCUCUGGCUGUUGAAUGCUUGAAGCUAGAGAGCUUCACGGCUGUCCUCUCCUCGAACAACGAGUCUUUGAUGCGUGGCUGGGAGGCCCUACCACGCGACUUCGCAGGCAAUCCGAUUCUUGUCAAGCUGGCUGUCCAGCUACUCCCGGUUCCUCAGAAACGGAAUCAGAAGUACUACGCUCUCCUCCGUAAACUAUUUCCCAAUCGGAAUACUCGGCUGAAGUAA